AUGACCACGUCCCAUGAUCUCCAACAGAGUGUAUAUUUCCCGCAAUUUGACGGGGACCAGGAUCGUAUUGCCUUCGAGUACUUCUUCCUCAGGACGGCUAAAUCUUUUGAAGCUGAAUUUUCCACCCUUCUACUAUCCUUGGUCCGUGAUGACCCGGCUAUCAGCCACGCCUUGAUGGCCGUCGGCGCAUACCACAGAGCUCUCGAGUGUGGGAGCAUCCACGACACAUCAUUUCAAAACCCUAUCCAAGUCUUCGCUUUCCAGCGAUAUGGACAUGCCAUCCAGUCCUUAGUCCACCCGGCUCAGGCGCCCGAAAGUGCAUCCUUCCUGGCAGCUAGUGUUCUUUUCGCUACCUUUGAGGGGCUCCUGGGAAACUACAAACUAGCCUCCCUUCAUCUGCGAUCGGGAAUUCAACUUCUCCAGGAGAUGCUGAGCGGCCGCACAUGUCACUCGUCGACUGAAGCAGUUGUAAGGAUGCUACCACUGAAUUCUCUGUGUAUGCUGCGCGGUUAUCCACGCUUGUUCCCAUGUGGCCCGUGUCCAGAAAUUCCUCUAAAAUUUCAAUCUCUGGAGGAGGCACGCAAGAGUUUUCAUGACCAUCUCGCAUUGCCAUCGCGGCUUCACCUCUUGAAAGAAAAAUUGAACUUGGAUGGCCUGUUAAAUGAUGUCCACGCUCGGCUGAUCUUGAGAGAGGAAAUAGUUCAAGCCCUGGUCCAUUGGGAACAAUGGGCCUCGUCAUUCGGAAACCACGAGACCUCCAGGGGACCAGAAUACCUGAAUCUCUCUACAGAGGCUUUUGCUGUCCGGACAUGCUUUGUGAUCACCAAGAUUUACUUGUCGUCUGUUGACGAACCCAUCACACAAAACGAAUCUCAACGAAAUCCCCUUGAAAAUGGCCGGCUUCCAGAGGUCUACUGGCUGGAGGAAUUGUGCUUCAGACAAUCAGGCGGGUCCCCAGAACGUCCACCAGGUCUAACCGAUGUGCAGUCUCAGAAGCAUCCCGGUGCCUUGGUCGGCGUUUUCAUCGGUGCUUUCUACUGUGCGGUGCCUAGUUUCGAGCGUGCCAUCGACCAUCUACAUAGCGUGGGUAUGUGGAGUUCGGAAAUCAGUAUGGGUGUUAUGCAACGUAUGACCAACUUACGCAUUUGA